AUGACCUUUCAGGUACAAAGAGACAUUUUGCCCUCCUUGACAACAAAAUGCAAUAAAACAAGAUCUCUUUCCAAAGUUCUGUUUUCAAUCCCUUUGCUUUUUGCAUUCACUGUAGAUCCUGGGUGUGUUUCCAGUGCUUCUGACAGCAAAGACUGGUUACAAAAGAACUUUGGAGAGUUCCUCAACUAUGCCACCUUGACAGAGCUCACAGAUCUAUAUGCAAAUUUGUCCACCUUCGAAUCUUUGGAUCUGCUGACCCCUAGCCAAGCAGCUGAACUCACUCUGACUUCUGGAGCACUGAACAGCACAAGACAAAUCGACCAAGUGUUCAACCGACUAGACAAUGGCGAUGCUUUUGAGAACCUGGAUGAGUUUCUCACAGCCCUCACUGAUCGUAAGGUCGACCAAAUAAUUCCUGCUGUGAGAGAUGUGAUGAUGAAUCGAACCUUCCAGAUCAUCAGCACAGAAUUCCCAGAGUUUGAGACCUCUGACUGGAUAGACUGGUUUGAUGUCAAGCUAGUCCCUAUCCUUCCCAGUUUCACUGCUGAGAUGCUAGCGGUGGCCAUCAACCACACCAACUGCACCAACUACCGAGUAAUGUAAGUUUAUGGUUCCAAAAUUGCAAU